CAAAUAUACAGGCUGCAUCAUUAAAUAUACAGGCUGCUUCCGUGGUUUACGUCCAGCUCAUCAUCGUUGGCACUGCAGUUUGUAAAAUGACGCCACCGAGAAGUUAGUUUUGGUGUUCAAGUCAAGUUAGCUAACUUAGCUAGUACAGUAGGAGACCCGACACGCUGUGGAAGGAAACAUGAGUCAAGAGCCAGCGGAGGCAGGGGAAAAAGUGUGGAGCAAGUCUGACCUGCAGAGGCUCCUGCAUGCUAUGAAACGCCGCAUCACCAAAUGCCAUGAAGCUGACAUAUAUAGCAAGGGACAGAGGAUUCUUGAAUGGGACAAGGUGGCUUUCCAACCUUACUCUGCUCAAGAAUGUAAACAGAAGUGGCAAGAUAUUUCACAGAAGAUACGCAAAAUUCGGACGCUGACAGAGCUCAUUGUUGAAGCGGAGGAUACCAUUAAUAACUCUAAGCCAGCGCUCCCGGUGAGACCGGGCCCCGCAAAUGCCAUAUUUUUUCAGGAAAAUUUUGCCAAGUUUAAGAAGAAGCACCCGGAGCUUAGCCGCCAGAAGCUCUUUAAAUUGGCCAGCAAGAAGUACACGGAUCUCCCCCCUCACAAAAAGGCCAUUUAUGUUAAUAAAUUCCAGCUUGCAAGAGACGAAUAUAUGCAGAGGAAACUGCAGCUCAGAAUACCCCAUCACAAGUCGCAGUCCAGCAAAGAUGCUCUCUUGCUGAUGCAGAAAGGACGGACUAAUGAGGACCAGCUUGGACCCGGCAGUGGCCCACCUGACAAGCCUCCUGUCAGUGCCUAUCAACUGUUCUGUAAAGAGCACUGGGGGUCUUGUAAAGGCCUCCCCAAUCAAAUCUUUCUAUGCGCCCAGCGCUGGCACAAGAUGCCCCAGGAAGAGAAGGACAACUACAAGACACGCUGCAACCAGUUGAGGAGUGAACAUGAGAAGAAGCGGAGGGAAUAUCUGUAUGAUUACAGUGAGGAGCAGCAGCAGCAGAUCCAAGAGCAGUAUGGCCUCAAGAAACCCCCUAAGGUCUCUAAAAGAAGAAAAUCUGCGCUGAAAUUUCCUGGUGAGCCCCCGAUGCCCUCUCGGUCAGGUCAUUUAUUGUUCUGCAGAAAGCAGAUCAAACUUGUGGACACGAUCAUGACUUCAAGGGAGCGCAUGUCCAAGGCCAGUCAAAUGUGGCACGGCCUCUCACAAGAGGAGAAGGAUGACUACAAAAAAGAAGCCGACAGCAACUUCAGAGAGUACACAGUGAAGCUGAAGACGUGGUUUAAGAGCUUGACAGCAUCAGAGCAGGAAGACUACCGUCAGCAUAACCGCAGUAAAUGUAAAUACAUUGAUGGCAAAAUAAAGGUUCAUUCCAAAGAAGCUAUGGCACCAAGCAGACCAUCCGAUUCGGAGGAUGAGGACCUUGAGGACAGCAGCAGUGACGAAGAGGAACAUUUGAUCAUGGAGGAGAGUGAGGAAGAGGAGAAAGAUGACAUUGUCACCCUAUGUGUGUGAGAUGAGAUGGAGAGCCACUCCAGAAGACUUGUGCACACCUUCAUCACAGAGCGGGCCGCUUUGGGAAGAUGAACCGCUCUGAUCUCUCCAGUCUUCCUCUGUAAUGUUUCACAUGGGAGUUUAGGUUGCUUGCAGAUUAAGUUUAUGGGUAAAUACAACUGCAAAAUACUGAUGGGUCAGAUAAAACUUUACUUUUGCCCUUAAUCAAGAGAGAGUGCCUAUGUUUUGACUUAGGAAAGUGUGUGUAGACAAUGUAACAUGAUUAAACAUGAUUUUUUUUUUUUUUUUUUUACUUCUGUGAACCUCUUAUCAUUCUGUAACCUCAGCAAUCGAGAUGUUCAUCAAAUAAACAUGUUUGUAACAUAA